AUGGCAGACAACUUUGGGAACUUGGAGGGACCAAGGUGGGAGGAGAGGAGCCAAAUUGAUAAGAGAAAGAACAAGCCUGUCCUUUGCCAGAGUGGCAAUCUGGGCGAAAUAUGUAAAGGAAAAAGAAGGCACGUGUGCAAUAUGUGUGGAAAAGCUUUUACCCAAAAAUCAAACUUAAAUAGGCACCAGAGGACCCACACAGGAGAAAAGAAGUACCAGUGUUUUAAAUGUGGGAAAAGUUUUAACUGGGAAACAAGCUUUAUCAGACACCAGAGUUUCCAUACUGGGGAGAAGCCUUAUCUGUGCACAGAUUGUGGGAAGAGCUUUAGCAGGAGUGCAAACCUUAUGAUCCAUCAGCGAAUUCACACAGGGGAGAAACCGCAUUGCUGUGUAGACUGCGGGCAGAGCUUUAGCCAGAUCUCCAAUCUCGUCAGGCACCAGAGGAUUCACACGGGAGAGAAGCCUUACAAAUGCCUAGAGUGUGGGAAGAGAUUCACGCAGAAAUCAAACCUUAUCAAACAUCAGAGUGUCCAUUUGAGCGACAAGCCAUACAGACGGUCAGCUUGUGUGAAGCAAUUCAAUCAGAGGUUGAACCUCAGUAAACUUGAGAGAAUCCAAGCAGGAGAAAACCCGUGUACAUGUUUUAAGUGUGGGAAAAUCUUUUCUCGGAGAGGCAAUCUUCUCCGGCACCAGAGCAUCCACACAAAAGAUAAACCUCAUAAAUGCACAGAAUGUGGGAAACGGUUCAACCAGAGGACAAACCUUAAUGCACAUCAGAGAAUCCACACAGGAGAGAAACCUUAUAAAUGUCCAGAUUGUGGGAAAAGCUUCAGGUGGAGAGCGCAUCUCAUCAUACACAAGAGGUUGCACACAGGAGAGAAGCCACACAGAUGUGCAGAAUGUGGGCAGAGCUUCAGUCAGAGAUCCAACCUUGUCAGACACCAUAGAAUCCACACGGGAGAAAAGCCGUAUAACUGCUCUGACUGUGGGAAAAGCUUCGGUCAGAAAUCCAACCUCAUUAAACACCAGAGGAUUCACACAGAGGAGAACAUAUUCAAUCAAAUGCCAAAUCAUAUUAGAUGCGAGAGAGUCCUCCCAGGAGAAAAUCCAUUCCCAUGUUUCAGGUGUGACACAUUCGAGCUGGCCCAGGUCCUUCUGUCCCCCGCCACGCUGGAAGAGACGCCCUAUGACAACAUCGUGGAGGCCCCGAGGAACCAUUUUGCACUGCAACCGUGGGAGCUUGCCAGGCAGCACGCGUUCUACCAGCGAAACCAAGGCCCAGACAAGUCCGCUGCAAUGUUCAUUGCAGCCCUGCGAAAGGCCGCCCGCUGCUGCAACUUCACCAACCUUGACACCAUGCUCCAGGAUCAGCUAGUCUGCAUCCUCUAA